AUGUCUAUUUCCGGUGCUGUAUUAAAACCUGAUUUUUUGAAAAUAAUACAAUCUCAAUCAAAUGAACUCCCAUUUGAAGUCAGUUCUGACGGGUUAGAAGUUUUAAAAUAUAAAUCCAAAACAUCAAGACAAUCAUUAGAGAUAACAUCAUCAUCAACCACAAAUCCUAAUCCUAAUGAGAGAAAAGUGUCGAUUCAAGCACAAGAUGGCUUCAUAUAUCUAACAACAAAAAGAUUAGUAUUUAUAACUGCUACUCAAGGAGAUAUUCAAUCAUUUGUAAUUGAUUUGAAUUUAGCACCUUUAUUACAAUUAUCACAUAAAGUACAAGCACCUUGGAUUGGAUCAAAUUAUUGGGAAUUCAUGUUUCGUAGUUCUUCACAAGAUGGUAUUGCCACUGAUGGACUACCGAAAAAUCAAUAUUUUGUGGGCAAAUUAAGAUUUCAUGAUGGUGGUUUAUUUGAAUUUUGUGAGAUUUUGAAUAAAACCCUUAAUGAUGCUGUUAAUAAUAGAGAUAUCGAUGAUACUCUACCUUCUUACAAUGAAGCUCAACAAUGA